CAGCACGUGUUAGGUAGCUCCGAACUUCAAUUCACCUCUCCAUAAAUGCUUAGCUUCUUCCUCCCUUUUCUCGCGCACUAUAAUAAAUGCGGUCUCUGAUCUUCAUUCUUCAACUAACCACAAGCCCUAGCUAGCUAGUGUUUAGUAGAGAUCGGGGUCUGGUCUGCAAAGAUGAACUGCAGGUUGUUUUCAAGAAUUAUUGAGGGUUUGAUGGUUAAGAGCAGAGGUUGUUUGUCUUCUUCGUGGAUUCCCAUGGAUAUGGUCGGGUCUGCAUCCCGGAUUUUGUUCAUGGUUUUCAACAAUGCUGUUUGGUCUCUCUUCAUGUGCGUUCUUGCUCUGGUAGGAGGUGCAACAGUUGGGAUAGUAACAGGAGCACUGAAAGGGCAGACCACAGAAACUGGGCUUCUAAGAGGUGCUGCAGUGGGUGCUGUAGCAGGAGCCAUCACAGCCGUCCAGCUCUUUGAACUUAUGCUCAAUGGAGAGCCAUUUUCCAAGGUGGCUCUUGUAUGUAGUCUUGUGGAUGGGAAGGUAUUCAUGGACUGGGUUUGCCCUGCUGUUCUCAAAGCUUACCAGUGGCAAGUGAGUACAAUGGAGACAAGUUUGAGGAGGGAAAUAACAGACAUAUUUGAGAUAAAUGGGAGCAGUAGUAAGGGAUUAUCCCAUGAUAUAAUACAGAAGCUGCCUGAGUUCAUGUUUCAGACUUCUUCUUCUUGCCCUUAUCAAGAUAUCAGCUGCGCCAUCUGUUUGCAGGAGUUCAAGAAUGGAGAGUCAGGAAGAAUGCUGCCGAGUUGUAGCCAUUCCUUUCACAUACACUGCGUUGAUCAAUGGCUCAUCCGACAUGGAAGUUGUCCGAUGUGCAGGACAGAUGUUUAAUUUAAUGCAUGCAUGUCUGUCUAUAUAUAACUGCAAUGCAAGUUGCAGUAUACGAAUUAAGGAACCAGACAUUAAUUAGUAGCAUUAUUGCCGCAAGCUAGAUACUGUUUGAUUUUGAUUUGAUUUUCGAUCAAUUUGCUAAUGUUGUUUGCCCCACUUUGAGGUUUAAGAGAUCUGAGUUCCGUACAAGUGAA